AUGGAUCCCAUCACCAGCAGUAUCACCAUUCUACAGCUUGUUCAAACGAUAGCACAAGCUUCAGCUCUUUUGUUAGGAUAUGUUGCUUCCGCCCGCAAAGCCGACUCGUCCUGCCGGGGCCUACUUAAUGAGCUCAGUUCAAUUAACGGAGUUCUGACCACGGUUAUGGACAUUGAGAAAGUUCACUCUCUUCCAGACAAUCUCCGUUCUGCGCUUUCAAAUCUCAUGGCCAUCAACGGACCAGUCACAAAAUUACAGAUGGAACUGAAGAAAAUUCUGCCAAACAAACAGGAAAUGUGGCAAAUGAAGACGAUGACCAAAUGCACGUGGCCGUUCAAGGAAAAGGAAGCAGGAACAAUUCUCAAUAAAUUGAAAGGAUAUUGCGUCGAGAUUACAAAUAUUCUAGCAAUCGAUACAUGGAUCACACUCUCCGAAGUUAAUCGAACCAUUAAGAAAGUCGAUCUAGGAGUACAGGAAGUGGAUCGAAAAGUUCAGGAAGUGGGUCGAGGUAUGAAGAAAGUUGAACUAGGAGUCCAGGAAGUGGAUCGAAAAGUUCAGGAAUCAAAAGUGGCUCAAGAAGCACAGAAGAAAGCCGAGGAACGUGAAGCGUUCUUACAAUGGAUGGACCCUGUUUCUUGUACCGAAAAGCACCGUGCCUCCCAUCGCCAGCGCAACGCUGGGACCGGUCGGUGGAUUUUUCAUGCCGAGCAGUAUGUGGCCUGGAAUGCAUCCGAUUCCGCAUUUCUAUGGCUGAAUGGCCAGCCGGGGAGUGGAAAGACUAUACUUGCUUCCGCUGUUAUCGACGAAAUUCAGGGCGGUGGGCCGGCCGACCCACAAACCCUUGGUUAUUUCUAUUGCGAUUUCCGAGAUGACCAAACGACAAACGCAGCUGCGGUAUUGCGAUCUUUGGUUGUUCGGCUCCUCCGGCAAUCUACAGGCGACUGGAUCACCAAGACACACAAGCCAGAGCAGGAAGAUUCCAAUGCAAAAGUGGAUUUCGUCUUCCUAAACGAGCUAGGACAACAACAACGUAACGGAGAGCGUUGUCCCACAGAUCUGACAUUUCUGCGACAGCUGCUUGUUGAAGCAUCCAGGCUAGUUUACCGACCGGUCCUCGUGAUCGACGCCUUGGAUGAAUGCAAGGAUUACAGUGAUCUAGUGGAUCACCUCGUAGACCUUGCUGGCAAUACUCAACUACGACUUUUCGUCACUGGUAGAAGCGAACUAGACAUACAAAAAGCCUUCCAUGAUCUCCCCACCAUAUUGCUGAAAGACAGUGCAGAAUGGAUGAAAGCAGAUAUAUGCGCGCACAUUACUGAGCAGCUGAAGACUCAAAAGCGCCUGUCACGCCUACCGGAGACGCUUAGAAAUUUGAUUUCGGAGAAACUCUUAGAAAAGGCCGAGGGCAUGUUUCGGUGGGUUCAGUGUCAACUAGACGAAAUUCGACGUUGCGCAAGAGAAAUUGAUAUUAAGGAUGCCCUCAACAAUCUUCCGGCUGGGCUAAAUGAAACAUAUGAUAGGAUUGUUUGCGGCAUCCAACAAAAAGGGCGAGGUUACGACCAAAUUGCCUACAAUUGUUUGCUUUGGCUCGCUGGCGCACUCACCCCAUUGACGCUUGGCCAGCUCGACGAAGCUAUGAUGAUCAAUAUAAUCGUGGUCGCAUGCGGAAGCCUUGUGACCUACGACGAGACUACUGGCGUCGUUGCUCUAUCCCAUUAUAGCGUCAAAGAAUACUUAAUCAGUCCGCACCCUAAUAACAUCCUGAAAUCAACCUCAGACACGCAUGCACGAAUCUUCGAGCUUUUGAUCACGUAUGUGUCAUGUGACUCCGUGCCUGUGAUAUGCGCAAAAGCUACGAGUUGUACUACAGGUUCUGCUUCUGCUGUCAGUAACGAAGAAAAUCAUCCAUUGCUGAGCUAUGCAGUUAAAGCAUUGAUGCACCUUUAUCAUGUUUCGGACAAGGAUUCUCGCGUUGUAGCUGCCCUGCUGCGGCUACACAACACACAGAAACAAUUCCUGCUUGAAAGUCUAGUUCAGUCAUCAACAAACGGUGGAGAGUCGAGUGUCACUUCCCCCUCACUUCUAUUCACCCUUCUUCAGUUGGAAAACCCAUGGAUGGUGGAACCCCUAGUCAAGAAGCAACCCGAUAUCCUGAGCGUGGAUGUCGCCCGUGGUUUUGGUUCUCCCUUGAUUUUUACCAUAGCCUCGAACCCUGCAUUUCUCAGUGUUCUCUUGAAGCUGGACAUCCACCUAAACAAGUCUUCUUCCAUUAAAACCAAUUUGUAUCGUCGGCGGGAUCUUCCUUCAGGUUCCUAUACUCCAAUUUCGUGGGCAGCCGCGAUUGGAAGUGAAGUGGCUGUCGAACUCUUACUGUCACGAACAGAGGUCACCCUACCAGCCAACAUUCUGCACACAGCCAUUCUGUCCGACCAACGGUCUGCAGAAAUCAUUCUCAAACUGUGUCAACGCGGCGCGGAUGUCACUUUCCCUGUCAAUGGCUCCACCCUUCUCCAUGCUUUACUUUCCAAAUUAGUUCCCAACCGUCAGUCCAGCAGUGAUACAAGCCGAUGGCUACCAGUCGUAAAAGAGCUCGUCGGUGAUCUUUCUGUACCUGACUGGACCGCCAGAACAGCACUCCACAUUGCUCUCGACAAUCAUCUGAGCGAUGUUGUCAUAUAUCUCCUUGAGAAAAAUGCACGGCUGACAGCAACAGCAACUCUCUCUCUCCAUCUGAAUAUUUGGAGCUGGGCUCAAGGCGAAUGGUGGUUUGCUAAGGUUCAAGCAGCGGCUCUCGCUGCUGAUCAACCGAGCACCAGAAUUUUGGGGAAGAUUGUCCAUGAUACAAAGCAAUCGCAACUCGUCGAAUUUCAAGGUGCAGCCAUUGCCAAUCACAAAAACCUCAAUCCCAUCUGUGCUGUUGUUAUUUCUGUUAUUUCGAGUGGGGCUGUUGAAAUACCCCAGUGGGUUACCAGUGUGGAGGCUGACCUUUCAUGCGGUGGAUUCGCGCAACUCGGGUUCUGCUUGCCAUUGCCACACAGCAGUCAGUGUGUCUUUAGCCGCCUGUUGGACUAUCAUCAGGGAGACGCAGUCGCCAGCACUCUACGACUGUUAACUCAGGAAAAAGACUUGACUGGCGAUUCCCUCUUUCUUCGGAUGCAGAAGAUUCCGACCGACACGUAG